AUGGGAAACUACGGACGAGAUGUCGUAAUAUGUGUACUGUUGUUAUUUUUGAUAUGCAUUAUAUAUGGGAUAACUCAGUUGAUCGAGUUGUUCUCGGAAAGUGACGAUAUCUUUAAGAAUUCCACAUCCUUUAACUGGGUCAUACGUCUGUGCCUGAACAUUCUGGGCUAUUCUACAAUUCUGUUACCCGGCUUCCUUAUCUACAAAUAUGUUCGUUACAGCAAAUACCUUCAAUACGAAGGUAAAGGAUGCAUAUCACGAUUGGUUCGUGCCUGUUUCUUGGGCAGUGGAGAAGCAGGACUAUUGGAAACGACUGUGUACAUUCCACCGCAAGCCAGUUCCAACCAGCGUACAAUUACACAAGAAAUGUUACUGCUCAUAUACUGUUUCUUAGGACUUCAGUUCAGUUACUUGACAUGGGGAUAUUUGCAGGAAAAAGUGAUGACUCAGGAGUAUACAGAUGCUAUGGGAAAUAAGACACAUUUCCAAGAUUCGCAGUUUCUAGUAUUUGUUAAUCGGAUUCUUGCAUUUCUAAUGUCUGGUUUAUAUCUGCUCGUGCAAAGGCAACCGCGCCACACAACCCCAUUGUAUAAAUAUGCGUUUUGCUCGUUAUCUAAUAUUAUGAGCAGCUGGUGUCAAUAUGAAGCCCUUAAGUAUGUUAGUUUUCCUACUCAGGUAUUAGCAAAGGCCUCGAAGAUCAUCCCUGUGAUGAUAAUGGGAAGAAUUGUUUCACGUACAACAUAUGAGUAUUAUGAAUAUGUAACUGCAGUACUUAUUUCAAUCGGAAUGACAUUAUUUAUGCUAGGUAGUGCCGAACCUAAAAAUGAAGGAACAACGACCCUCUCUGGCCUAAUUUUAUUGGGAGGUUAUCUUUUACUUGACAGUUUUACGAGUACCUGGCAAAAUGCACUUUUUACAGAAUAUGGAGUGACUAGCAUUCAAAUGAUGUGUGGCGUUAACAUGUUUUCUUGUUUACUGACGGCUCUGUCCCUUUUUGAACAAUCGAGUUUUUCCUCAGCCUUUACAUUUAUGAGCAAGCAUCCAAGUUUUGUAAUAGAUUGCUUGCUGAUUUCUACCUGCUCUGCGGCUGGACAAUUAUACAUAUUUUAUACUAUCUCCAAAUUCGGGCCUGUAACCUUUGUUAUCAUAAUGACAAUUCGACAGGGUUUGUCAAUAUUACUAUCCUGUGUCAUAUAUCAACACCAAAUUACAGUUCUUGGUGGAUUUGGAGUAGUACUGGUUUUCUUUUCUGUCUUUCUACGAAUAUAUUGCAGUAAUCGACUACGAGCCAUAAAAAGAAGGAGGGCUGAAGCAAUGAGUAUCAAAGACUAGAUUACUUUUGACUAAAUCAAACUCGUUUCGAAUCUUAAUAGCAACACAAACCUCAAAGAUUUGAGACAAUCAGCAUUAGUCAUGGUCCUAGUCGAUGCCUGACAUACGUCUGCAGAAGUGUUUUGCGUACACUUUUACAAUCAAAUUAUUUAGCUUCAGACCACUUACAAUUAGUGAUAUCGUAAAUAUACUUUAUCUUUUAAUUACAUGCAUGUUUUACAUGAGACAUGUGAAUAUUGUCAUGACAUAUUUUAAAAUUAAAUAUAGUGCAUACUUCUGAA